AUGCCGGCCCCCCGCGCAGCAAUCGUUGGAGCAGGACCUGCCACUUCUUCCAGUAGACCCGUUGGGUGUAUGCCGGCGCGCCCGCCAUAUCUGGCCAUCGUCGAAGCAGCAGUAUUCGAAGGCGAGGCUUCGCCGGACUUUCGAUCCCAGAGCGGGAGCAGCUUAGACCUGCACACAGAGAAUGGACUGGCCGCGUUGAAGCAGGCCGGCCUUUUUGACGAGUUCUUGAAGUCCGCGACGGGUUCUGGUAGCUCGAUCCAGGAGCGGCCCGAGAUCGACCGGCCGAAGCUGCGCAAGCUUCUCGCCGAAUCCCUCCCCGUAGCUGUGAUCAAGUGGGGGCACCACCUCAAGGAAGUCACCCAUAAGCAACCGCUUUGGGCCGAAAUCAGCACAUUUGGCAUGGUCAUUCCGAGUGCGGCCGAGACGGCCACUGACGUUUACAAGCUGGCCGACAAAGACGGCGUUUUGCCAACAGUGACGGCAAGCGACUUACCAUCCAGCAAUGUCACGGUCAUUGGGGACACAGCGCACUCGUCGACACCACUUUUAGGCGAGGGUGUUAACGUCACGCUUGAGGACGCGAUGAAGUUGGCAAGUGCCAUCAUCCACACAGCAAGCAAAAGAGGCGACCCCGACCUGCUUGACGGGGGGAUCAAGGCGUUCGAGAACGAGAUGCCCAUUCCGCAUGAACAAAGUGCAGCGGCUGACGAAGGAGCUCAUGCGCGACUAUAUGUUCACGCCGGGUUCGCCGCGGACGACCAUCGCGAUGUCGAUAACGAGGCUUGUCAAGUCCGAGACACCAUAGGUGUUCCAUCCGCUGGCUGCCGGCAUGGUGCACUCAUUCUUUUUUUCAUGCGCCGGCUGCUGGCGCCUUAA